AUGGAUGAGGAAGAAGCUGCACAAGUAAAAAACGUUAAAAUUUUCGUAAGAAUUUUACCUCUUACGAAAAUUUGUGAAUCUCUUCUGAAGCUUGAUGACAACGGAAAGAACGUUACUUCAGUACCCGUGAACAGUGAAGAUGAAACUCUGAAGAAAAUAUUCGAAGGCGAAGCACGCAAGUCAAUCGAACAAGGAGAAACGUACGAUGCGUCCCAUCAGGGCACGAGCAUCCUUACAUUUCACGUGUCGAACACCAGUUUGAUUACAUCGUGGGCAGUGGCGACACAUUCGAGAAUUCACAUCGUCGAUAUGGCCGGUUUCGAUUCUGUUGGAAAUUCGGGUUGCCGUAAAUCAGCCGAGCAAAUUUGCAACGCAAAUUUGGACAAGGCAAAAUUGGAACAGUUUAUUCUCGCUUUGCGGAACCCGAACAGAUCCAACAUCCCUCGGCACAGUAGCAACUUGCUCAAAUAUUUGGGUCACGCAUUCGAACUAAGCUCUUUAUUGCGUUUCAUCGCACACAUCCGUGUAACCGACGAAGAUCUAAUUUUGACAUUAUCAACGUUGAGAUUUGCCAGCAACGUGAAGAAGUUGAAACCAAAGAAGAUCCGGUACGAUGUUAUGCCAGAAUCUGACAUCGAGGUGGGGACGUUGCGAGAGAACAUUGCUCGCUUGAGAAAGGAGUUGGCCGUGAACAAUAUGCUCCUUCAUCAGGAGCCAUUGGGGAACGUGUCGACGGCGAGAGCAAAGCAAAUCGAACAGGAUGCCAUUGACUUCCUAAAGGGUGGCUUGGACGAUUUGAUGCUUUUGAGUUUGUCGCAGUCUCAAAUAUUGCUUAAGACGUUCAAGGAGUUGUUUGCAAAGCUUGAAGCAGACCACAAAGUAGCCUUGGAGCAAGCAGCGCGAGAUGCUUACGAUUUGGCUGCAAAAGAUAUAAAGGGUUCCACCUUGUCACUGACUAAACCGUCCAAGAUUGUACUAACGAGUGGUACUGGGAGAAUACGACGUAAGAAAUCUACUGGGGAACGUUUAUCGAAGGUGACAUCGUCAUCUUCAGUUGGCGAAGAUGAGACUGUGAUUGACAAAGUUGGCGAAAUAGAGGAUCAAGGUAUACAACGUAGAUUAGUCAGAUUCGCCGGCAAAGCUACUACCGCAAAAGGUUAA